CCCAGCCGUGACGACGGAGAAGAGCCUUGCCAAGUGUCCCCUAUCCUUGCAAAGGAACUCCCUCUGGCCAUGGACUGCAAAGACAAACCAGCUUUUCCUGUGAAGAAGUUGAUACAAGCCCGUCUGCCAUUCAAGCGCCUGAAUCUCAUCCCAAAGGAAAAAGCCGAUGAUGGGUCAGAUGACGGGAGAAGCUGCCAGGGUGCUUCUGUGCCCAGGAAAGUCCCUGAUUUAGAAACCUCUUUGGAUGCCUUGCAGAAUGACUGUCAUAUGGGUUCUGACAUAGACUUUAGACCAAAACUCGUCAAUGGGAAGGGUCCCUUAGACAACUUUUUAGAAAACAGAAUCAAAACCAGUAUUGACCAGAGCACAGUUAUCAUUGAUUUGACAGAGGACUCAGAUGAUGAACCGGACAGUCCUGAGGACCACAAUAAACUGAGUUCUGAAGCCUCUCCUUCCAGGGAAGCUGUCAACGGGGUCAGAGAAGAAGCUGGAGAUCACCAGGGGCUGUCAGAGGCCACUCAGGACGACAAGUUGGCAUUUCCGGAGGAGACCCUUUCAGCCAGUCCUUGCAAAGCAGAGGAGGGGGAUGGCUUUGGUGGCUCAGUGAGCAGUGGCGGCUCCCAGGAGUGCUCCCCACAGAGCUGCCCGGAACUCACAGGUGGGCCUCGAACGUGCUCAGAGCAGGGGCCAGAUGGCUGGAGUGAGGUCGGAGGCAUCCUGUUCAAGGGGAAGGUGCCCGUGGUGGUCUUGCAGGAUAUCUUGGCCGUGCCUCCUCCCCAAACCACGACUCCCCCAGCGACGCCUGGAGACAAGAGUGUGACCUCCGAGAGCGAGGUGCCUGAGUCGUGCCCUGAAGAAGACUCUGUCCUCAGCCACUCUUCCCUGAGCUCACCCUCUCCCACCAGCUCGCCUGAUGGGCCUUCUGCUCCCAGAAAGCAGCCUAGCGACGUCAGCCCCCUCCCUGCCCCCAUGCCCGUCCGCAGGAUGACUAAGAAACUCGUCAAAGGUUCUACAGAGAAGAACCAGCUCAGACUGCAAAGAGACCAGGAGCGGCUGGGCAAGCAGCUCAAGUUACAAGCAGAAAGAGAAGAGAAAGAGAAGUUGAAAAAGGAGGCCAAGCGGGCCAAGGAGGAGGCCAGGAAGAGGAAGGAGGAAGAGCGGGAGCUGAAGGAGAAGGAGCGGCGGGAGAAGCGGGAGAAGGACGAGAAGGAGAAGGCGGAGAAGCAGCGGCGAAAGGAGGAACGGCGGAAGGAGAGGCAGGAGGCUCUGGAGGCCAAACUUGAGGAGAAGAGGAAGAAGGAGGAGGAGAAGCGGCUGAGAGAGGAGGAGAAGCGCAUUAAAGCCGAGAAGGCCGAGAUCACACGGUUCUUCCAGAAACCAAAGACACCACAGGCCCCCAAGACCCUGGCCGGCUCCUGUGGGAAGUUUGCACCCUUUGAAAUUAAAGAACACAUGGUUCUCGCCCCUCAAUGUCGGGCUGCCUUUGACCAAGACCUCUGUGAUCAACUUGACCAGCUCCUCCAGCAGCAGAGUGGGGACUUCUCCUUCCUGAAAGAUCUGAAAGGCCGACGGCCCCUCAGGUCCGGCCCUACCCAAGUUUCCAACCGGAACGCGGACAUUUUUAGCAGUGACGUGGUGAUCAUGGCGCACGGGAAGGUCGCCAGCGUGCCCGACAGGAGGAAGCUCGGCAGGAUGAAGCUCCUGCAGUUCUCAGAGAACCACCGCCCAGCCUACUGGGGCACGUGGAACAAGAGGACCACAGUCAUCCGCCCCAGGGACCCCUGGGCCCAGGACAAGAAGCUCCUGGACUACGAAGUGGACAGUGAUGAGGAGUGGGAAGAGGAGGAGCCCGGGGAAUCCCUGUCUCAUAGUGAAGGGGAUGAGGAGGACGAAGUGGGAGAGGACGAAGAUGAGGACGACGGCUUUUUUGUGCCCCAUGGGUACCUGUCUGAGGGUGAAGGCGUGACAGAGGAGUGUGCCGACCCGGAGAACCACAAGGUCCGCCAGAAGCUCAAGGCCAAGGAGUGGGAUGAGUUUCUGGCCAAGGGGAAGCGGCUCCGCGUCUUGCAGCCCGUGAAGAUCGGCUGCGUGUGGGCCGCUGCCGGGGCCUGCGCCGGGGCCUGCGCCGGGGCCGAGCUCAAGGUCCUGCAGCAGUUCGCAGCCUGCCUGCUGGAGCCCGUGCCCGCCGAGGAGGAGCCGGCGCCCAAGGCCUCCAAGCGGGAGAAGAGGGACCAGCAGAUCCUGGCCCAGCUGCUGCCUCUGCUGCACGGCAACGUGAACGGGAGCAAGGCCAUCAUCCGGGAGUUCCAGGAGCACUGCCGCCGAGGACUGCUCCGCAGGGAUGCCGGCAGCCCCCCAGGCCCGGCCUGCUCCCGGCCGCAGACCCCCCCGGCCGGCGAGGACGCUGCCGUGCCCUCCAAGGCCCGCCUCAAGCGGCUCAUCUCCGAGAACUCCGUGUACGAGAAGCGGCCCGACUUCAGGAUGUGCUGGUACGUCCACCCCCAGGUGCUGCAGAGCUUCGACCAGGAGCACCUGCCCGUGCCCUGCCAGUGGAGCUACGUCACCAUGGUGCCCGCGGCCCCCCGCGAGGACAGCAGCGGCACGCCCGCUGCGUGGCCCUGCGUCCUGUCUGCCCAGGUCAGCCCUGAGGACAUGGACGGCUUCCAGGCGGACACGGAGGAGGAGGAAGAGGAGGACGGCGACUGCAUCAUCAUGGACAUCCCAGAUGCUGGGGACGCCCAGGCCCCGUGCGGUCCCGCUUCCGGAGCCGGGGCAGCAGUGGGAGUGGACACCAGCGAGAGCCCCCCACCGGCAAGUCCGCCACGCACCUCCUGAGCAUCACGCGGGCUGCCGCGGAUGACGUGGAUGGGUCGGGCGUCCUCUGGCACGGUCUGGAGAUGGGACCGUCCCGACGACGCCUGCGUCAAGAGCACUUUGUCCUGCCUUGCAGACCUCCCGGAGGUUUGGAGAGUUUUAGAUGGGAUGCUUGGUUUUGGUGUCUGUAAAGAUGUCUCGAGAAAGCUGCAUAUUCGUCUGCCCUUGAAUAAAGCAUUAUUGGACGUGAUGGCUAGACAGGCGCCUGCUCGCGCCCCAGGGGCACAGGACCGGGCACAGGACUGAAUGCUUGUAAAUGAGUUGAAGCCAGGGCUGCCACUGCGUGUGACCGGGCACUGGGCCUCACGUGGAAGUGUAUAAACUCGUUCUCUAGUGAGC